AUGACCGAUUAUCGCGCAAAAGAACAAGGUAGAAACUCGAAUGUAUCUGCUAAUGGGGAUUGUUCUGCACAAUUUGUAACAAGCAAUGGUGAAUUUGAAGCUAAGCAGAGAAGAAGUUUGGUGGAGUGGAUAAAUAGUAUACUUCCUAGUCUAAAUUUAUCACUAAAUGCUUCAAAUGAGGACUUGAGAGCAAUCUUGAUUGAUGGUAGUGUAUUAUGUCGAAUACUUAACAGGAUCAGACCUGGUUUUUUGGACAAGGGAGGUGACAAGGAUCUUUCUUCAUUGUCAAGCUCAGAAAAUGUUACAAGAUUUCUUGCAGCUAUGGAUGAACUUGGGAUUCCCAGGUUCGAAAUGUCAGAUCUAGAUAAGGGGUCUGUGAAGAAUGUUAUAGGUUGUCUUUUAACACUCAAGAAGCGGUUCACCGAAGAUAGCUUAUUCGUAGCUAGCUCAACUCCCAAAUCUCAAAGCCCCAAGGGUGGCUAUUCUUCUCCAUUAUCAGGAGAAGAGAAGAGGAAAGUAUUGUCUGAAUCGAAAUUUCAGCGAACACUAAAAAGUCCUAUUUUGUCAGAACCUUCAGCUACUUUAACACAUGUUGGUGGUUACAAGUUUCACGAGGUGUUUCAGCUUAAACAAGGGCGAUACAUGGAUCUCCCUGCUUCCAGAAUCUCAGAGAUGAUGAAAUCUAACAGCUUAGAUAAUGCUCCAACUCAGUCGCUUUUAAGUGUUGUCAAUGGCAUUUUGGAUGAAAGUGUAGAGCGAAACAAUAGCGAAAUACCCCAUCGUGUGGCGUGUUUGUUGAGAAAGGUUGUGCAAGAGAUCGAAAGGCGCAUAUCAACUCAGGCAGAACAUUUGAGAACUCAAAACAAUCUUUAUAAGGCUCGCGAAGAGAAGUACCAGUCUAGAAUCAGAGUUCUUGAAGCUCUUGCAUCUGGGACUAAUGAAGAAAUCAAAAGAAUAUGCAUUGAAGUGGAUAUGUUUGAUAAUAUCUUUCAUAUGAACUUCUCUUUAUGACAGAAUAGGAAGACCAACAAGGAAGAGAAGAAGGAAGAUGAGGAUGAGAGUAUAAUCAAGUUGACAAAAGAAAACGAUCAAAGCAAUGUCGAAAUUUCAGCAUUAAAGCAAGAACUAGAAAUGACAAAAAAUAUGUAUGAACUGCGUUGCUUAGAGUUGGAAAAAGAAGCUAAGAGUUCUUCAUAUGAGCUUGAAGAAAGGUUAAAAGCACUUGAGCAACUCUUGGAAGAUUCAAAGAAUAAAGUGAACGAGUUACAGUCAUAUUCGGAGACCAAAAGCCAGAGCUGGAGUAAGAAAGAACACAUUUACCAAAGCUUUAUGGAGUUUCAGUUUGGUGCACUACAGGACUUGAGGUUAUCCUCAGAUUCCAUUAAGCAAGAAAUUAUAAAAGCAAAAAGAACCUAUACAGAGGAAGUUAAUAACUUAGGAGUCAAGCUCAAAACAUUAGCUGAUGCAGCUCAAAACUAUCACACUGUUCUUGCUGAAAAUCGAAAGAUAUUCAAUGAACUGCAAGAAUUGAAGGGAAACAUUAGAGUCUAUUGCCGGAUAAGGCCAUUUCUACCUGGACAAAGGGAAAGAAGGACAACUAUAGAACAUAUUGAUGAAAAUGGGGAGUUGGUAAUUGCAAAUCCCUCCAAACCAGGCAAAGAUGGUCAUAGGUUGUUCAAAUUUAACAAGGUUUAUGGUCAAGCCUCAACUCAAGCGGAUGUAUUUUCUGACACGCAACCAUUGAUCCGAUCUGUUCUGGACGGUUAUAAUGUAUGCAUAUUUGCCUAUGGUCAAACUGGUUCGGGAAAGACCUACACUAUGACUGGUCCCAAUGGAUCAUCUAAAGAGAAUUGGGGUGUGAACUAUCGAGCUUUAAGUGAUCUUUUCAGCAUCUCUCAGACAAGAAGAAGCUCAAUUUCAUAUGAAAUUGGGGUUCAAAUGGUUGAAAUAUACAAUGAACAAGUGAGGGAUUUGCUAUCAAGUGAUACUUCUCAGAAGAAACUUGGGAUUGUGACUCAAUAUCAACCCAAUGGAUUAGCUGUUCCUGAUGCUAGCAUGCACCCUGUCAAAUCAACCUCAGAUGUUAUAGAACUGAUGGAUAUUGGACUAAAGAACAGAUCUGUUAGUUCUACUGCAUUAAAUGAAAGAAGUAGUCGUUCACAUAGUUGUGUCACCAUUCAUGUUCGCGGGUUGGAUUCAAAGACCGGCUCUACCUUGCAUGGUAAUCUUCACCUGGUAGAUCUUGCAGGAAGCGAAAGAGUGGAUCGAUCAGAAGUAACUGGUGAUAGACUUAAGGAAGCACAACACAUAAACAAAUCAUUAUCAGCUCUUGGAGAUGUCAUUUUUGCUCUGGCACAUAAGAGUUCUCAUGUUCCAUAUAGAAAUAGCAAGCUCACUCAAGUACUUCAAAGCUCUCUGGGAGGGCAAGCAAAAACACUCAUGUUUGUGCAGCUUAAUCCAGAUGUGAAUUCAUAUUCCGAAACUAUGAGUACUUUGAAAUUUGCCGAAAGGGUGUCUGGAGUUGAGCUCGGCGCUGCAAGAAGUAACAAAGAGGGAAGAGAUGUGAGGGAGUUAGUUGAGCAGGUAGCUUCUCUAAGGAACACCAUUGCUAAGAAAGAUGAAGAGAUUGAGAGGCUGCAAUUACUUAAAGUUCAUCCAGGAACAGGCUCACUGCUGAGGUACACUUCUCCUUCUUCAAGCAGAGAAACUGUUGGAGGGACAGGUUCGAAGAACAGCAGUCGAAACCCUUCGAGUGUAAAAAGCUUAAGACCAACUGAAAAGGCAGCUUCUGAUCAUGACAACUCUUCAGAUCACAGUGAUUCCCAACAGUCCAUGGAGGAGGACAACCAUAAACUACAACAAGAUGAUAGAGGUCAGAAUGUUCACGCAGGCGAUCAUGAUCACGAGCCAUUAAGGUUUGGAGAUCAUGGUGAUUAUGAUGAGAGAUUAAGUGACAUUUCUGAUGGUGGUCUUUCUAUUGGAGCAGACACUGAUGGCUCAGCUGAAAAUGCUGUUUUGGCUGAAGUUGCCAAGUCAAAUAACUCAGAAAGGUAAGCUUUAAGCUUUAAAAUGUGCUAGACAAUCCUUAUA